UUGCCGGCCGGCGACCAAGGAAGAAAUCGCGUCGUCCUGCUCUGAUUAGAACACAGCAGGUCUCGUCGUCGUCGUCGUCGGUGAAUCGAAGAAGGAGCGCUAGCUGCCGGCCGGCGGCAGGGGAGAGCGAUCGAGCAGAUCAUGUCUACGCUGCCAGGAGGCUUCCUGUCCGUGCGCGUCCUGCGAGGGAUCAACCUUGUCAGCUGCGACGCCAAGGGCAGUGACCCCUACGUCGUGAUCAGCCUGGAUGGCCAGAAACUGAAGACGAGUGUGAUGAAGAAGACGGUGAACCCAGUGUGGAACGAGGAUCUAACCUUGGCAGUCAUGGACGCGUCAGCACCCAUCAAGCUAGAGGUUUUCGACAAGGACACGUUCAGCAAGGACGACAUGAUGGGGGACGCGGAGUUCGACAUCGAGGCGCUGGUGCAGAUGAUACAGAUGGACCUGGAGGACAUCCGCAGCGGCACCGUCGUCCGCACCGUGCGCCCCGGCGGCAAGGACAGCUGCCUCGCCGACGAGAGCCACAUCAUCUGGGACAACGGACAGGUCGUCCAGGACAUCCUCCUCAAGCUCAGGAACGUCCACACCGGCGUCGUCCACCUGCAGCUCAAAUGGGUCACCAUCCCAGAUUAAACACGUACCAGUUCUAACGAAUUCCCCUUCCUCGCCGUCUUCGACGAUCUGCAGACUGAAGAAAGUGAUCAUCAGCUGCUCCGAUCCCCGGCCAUGACGAACUCUCGUGAUAAUUAAACAGUGUAGUACUAUGCAAAAUUACAAUGUUGAAGAUGUCAUUGUAUUUUAGUAGAGCCACGUCCACGUACAUUGUCAAUUCGAUCUCACUGUAACUUUUGAUAUGGAAUUAAUUUAUCAAUCAGGCAAUUGCAUGACCAAGAAA